AUGUCUAUGGAAUUAUCGGCUUGCAAAGGUACUUCCUUAGGAGGAAAAAGACCAAGUUGUUGCUCUGUAUUGUUUGACGGCUGUAGUGAUGGCAAAGAUUGUGGUUGUGAUGACAACGAUUGUGAUGAUGAAGUUGGUGAUGACGAAGGUGGUGAUGACGAAGGUGGUGAUGACGAAGGUGGUGAUAGA